AUGGUAGAUCAAACUCCGGCCAUCAGCACUCAGUCUGCUGUCGCCUCUGUCGAGCAAACCCUCCAAGCGCUUCCUCCUGAACUGGUCAUAAACAUCAUUGAUUGGCUCGCCCUGUCCCCCACCAUUGACACUUUAUGCGCUUCCCGCACCCUCUACAAUCAAAGCCUCCCGCACCUUCACACCCACCCGAGAUUGGAUGAAGGCAACGUCGAGGCCUUCUACGGCCACCUGUUCGGGCUGUCGAAUGAUGAGGACUUUGAGGAUGACUACGGUGUGAUUGAAUUCUACUUUCACCGCCAGGCGGUGACGACUUAUGAAGCUGAGCUCCACGACUACUACCGCCUCGCGCCUCUGCUCCGCAAGCUCUUAUGCCUUCAGCACGCCGAGACGUUGACGAUCUGUGACUCGGCCGCUCUUCAGAAGACUAUCGUUUCCGUAUCCCAUUAUCACUCUUUUGUCAACUACGUUCGCCGUUGUGUCUUCAAGACGCCCGAAAUCAAGAAGCGUCUGGAGGCUCCCCUGUUUCAAGAGGUGGAAGAGAUCGUCAUAUAUCGCGAGGAUAUUGCCAAGGAUGCGUCGAAGGAUGAGAUUAAAUGGAAGUCUCUUCUCAGUCUGACUUCUGUCUUUCCCGAGCUCAAGGAUGUCGUCUUGCAUUUGCCUUCAGCUAUCCCUUGCGAAGGCUUCUAUGACCCGAUGAUCAAGGAGCUGCGCGCCGGAUACCUCCAGACAUUGACCAUCUAUGGCUUGUCCCCCGCUGCUCGCGAGGACUUGGAAAAGGCCAUGGGAGAGAAGUUGGCGGAGGCGGUGAUUUUCCAUACCAUCUGA